AUGUCUGCAUUCUCUGACCCCUCCUUUGAUUUCAGGCGAUACUUUGAAGCCAGACCGCGUCACUCCAGCGAGAUAUACUCUCGCGUAUUGCAGUACCACCAAGGCGCACACGGCACUCUGCUCGACCUUGGUUGCGGACCUGGCAUUUCCUUCUUCCCUCUUGCGGGUCACUUUGAGCGCAGCAUAGGUACCGAUCCGUCGCAAGGCAUGCUGGAUCAAGGUCCAGCGGCAUGGGAGCAGUACAAGUCCAGCAAUCCCAGCCAAACCAGCCUGUCAUCGGCCAAGGUUCAAUUUGUGCAGUCAUCCGCCGAAGAUCUCGGAGGGAUUUUGCCCGACCAGAGCGUAGAUCUGAUCACCGCAGCCACCGCGGCCCAUUGGUUCUCAUAUCCUCAAAUAUGGAAGGAAUUGGGUCGAGUACUCAAGCCCAACGGCACCGUCGCUUUCUGGACGUACGGCACCAAUUAUCUGCCUCAGCAUCCCGAUCUGUGGCCCAUGAUGAAGGAGUUCAUGAGCUCCUAUGCAGACUUUCUCGGUCCCUAUUGGCCCCAGCCUGGCAGGCGUCUGCUGGAAAACCUUUACGUGGAUAUGUGAGUGGUCGAAUAGAAGCGGCAAAUGCAAAGUGCCUGGCUCGCUCAGUGCUGAUCUUUUUUCGGAGCUCGGCUUGCUCUCAGACCUUUUCCGGAAGAUGAGAGCGUGUGGGAUACGAGCAGUGCCGAACGUCGUAUGCACAGCCUCUCUGCGCCAGGCGUGCCUCAGAUCGGAUCUCCCGAGCUAGAUUUCAGCAUGAGUGUGCGUUCAUCUUACCCUCUCUCUGCCUCUGCCUGCUACGCGACCGUUGAAGCUCACGCGCCUGACCUGACCUGACCUGGACGGCCACGGCACUCAUUUAGCAACCCAUGUCAUUCUCCUCUCUCAACUCUUACUUUCACACAUCCAGCGCCAGCUCGCGCUACAAGGCUCAGCAUCCCUCUUCGUUCGUGGCCGGACAGGACAAAGCAGCAGCAGCAGCAGACAUGAUCGACUUGCACGUGCAAAAGUUGCGCGAGGCAGUCUUGCGACAAAGAGCACAAGGCAUGGGAACGCAAGAAGGAUUGGACGACGAUCAUGUUCGCGUCGCUUGGCCUUUGGGACUCAUGAUGAUCCGCAAGCUCAAGCAGUCUUGA